AUGGAUGCCGACCAGCCCCAUGUUUCUUCUUCUCCCUUUUUCCCCUCACCGUCUUCCGGAGCGCGUCCUCCGUUCGUGGGCUCUGCACGCUCGUCUUCGCCUGGGAGUGGUCCUGGUCCCAAGAGAGAUGACAAGCAAGUGAGCGAGCGCGCCAUGCUGAGUCUCUCUGACUUCUCCCGCCGAGUGGGCAUUUCGCAGUUUGUCGCGUCUCGCGUUUCGUUUUCUGGAAACGAAGUGGCGGAGACUCAAGACGCAAGGCAGCUUAGCUGCGUUGCUGUCGAUGGGGAGACAGAGGGGCAAACAGCGGAACGGGAAGCAGACGACCUAGGCAGAGAUGCGGGCGACGAUCAAGGCGGGUUCUGGGGGUCUCUGAAGACUCUGUAUGAGGACUUUCAGGUGUAUGAACACUCCGAGUGGGACUGCACGUGCCUGCGUGAGCAACGCGAGUGCUCGCGCUGCAUGCCGUCGCUCCCCAGAGGGAAACCGCUUUCGUCGCCCUCGUCCACUUCUUCCGAUUCUUUCCUUCCUUCAUCGGGCUGUGCCUCCGUCUCUCGUUCGGACGAUUGUCAGAGGGACCCAUCACCUCCCAGCAACGCGGAGACUUGCAAGUCGCUGAAAGACAGGGCGAACCUCACGGAAGGCAACCCGCAGCUUCGAGAGCCGUGCGCAUUCGGCUGCUGGUGUCGGGCCUUCGGAGACAAUCCAGAGACGGCGCCUCUUCGUCUGCCGUUCCUCGUCGAUCCGUCAAAGUUGAGGAGACAGCGGGAAGAACACGAGCUUUCCGAGGCCGGGAGCCUGCAAAUCGCCUCUUCGUUUCGCCUCUGGAGGACGGAAGCUCAGCGAGAGGCGGAGAGGGCGAGGCGAGGAGGCAACGCAGAGCCGCGCGGAGAGGAGGAAACGGGCGGGGAACGCGCCGACGGGACGGAGCAGGCAGGCGAGGCGAGAAAUGUCAAACGAAGACGAGCGAAUGCGUCGGCGGCGCACGCGCCGGCUGCAGAUGAGAAGGGAAGUCAAGACGAGGAGAACAGCGGCAUAGACACCAAAGGAGACGCUCCGGAGAGGAACGAGAACGAAGUGGGGAGGCAAGGGACUUUGUCCUGUGUUUCUGAGUUCGAAGUGCAAAAUAUCGAGGCCUUCGUUAGGGGCCUCGCAUGGUGUUCUGAGGUGUACAGACACCACGUCGCAAAUUUGCCAAAGGGGCUAGAAGCGAGCGGAGCGCAUCUCGGUGAAGGGAGGCCGCAGGACUCUUUGCGCGAGGGGAAGAAGGGCGACAACGAGGACGAUUUCUGGUUGCGACGAGCGACGCGAACAGCGGCUGAAGCUGAGAAGGCCGCGCAUGUCUGCUCGUCAAGUCCGCCUCCUGUGCCUGCUUUCGUUGUGUCCCCCGCAGAUUCGCAGCGACCGGUGAACGCUGAAAAACAAAUUCUCUCACAAUACGACCCUUCUAAGGCGCCCUGUCUCUGGAUCCUGGGUGACCUCGCGGGCCUCCUUAGGGCGCAGUGCGAACUCAGGAGUGCCGCCGCGUCCAGUCCAGAGCAACGGGACAACGCAUCGCCCCGUUCGCCUUGCUCGUCUCCCUCUGCCGUUCUUCCUUCUUUGGCUGAGUUACGGAAGGAGCUGCGAGGCGCCCUGCACGCCUUCGUUCGCGACCGUCUUCCCUUUCUCGUUUCUGAGUCGGCGACGCUGUUCUCGGCGAAGGCUGCAGCGGGCGGACGUCCUGGGGACGAGGGAAACGCUCGGCGAGGCGUAAAACGAGGAAGAGAGGACAAUCCACUUGACGAUGGUUCCAGCGAUGAACAGACCGGAGCAGAGGGAAAUGGGGAAUCCGAACAAGAAAACGAACGGGGACAAGACGAGCGGAAGAACGAGGUGGGGGAGAAUAAGAAGAGCACAAACACCAGCAGAGAGGAACUGAGUGCACUGCAAGGACUGCCUCCCACGAACCUGUCACUGCAGAUUGCGUUCAUCUCUCGAGUUGUUGCCGCCAAAGAGACGGGGCUUGGCCAAUCUAUUUCGCCGGUGAAGGCGGAUGCAGAAGCGGAGACCAAAACCGUUAAGGCGGAUAGAGACGCGAACAUCCUUGGAGGAAACGCCCACGAAGACGGACACGGGAACGAGAAUGCACACGGGGAUCAGAAGCAAAUCGGUUAUGGAGCGUCGCGGAAUGGGCCGUGCGAGUCUCUCGCCGCAUCGACGCGUUUCCCCUUCAUCUCCCUCGGAGCUUGCUGGGCCCAACAGAGACGGGAGAUCCUUCAGUUGAAGAAGGAAAUUGAAGAAGAGUGCGUGCGACGGCGAAGCCUAGAAGGCAACGAACGAGCGCCAGCACUGAGGAUGGCAACAGAGAAUCGCCACUUGAUUUCGUUGUUGGAGGAGGCUGCGACGGAACCGCCUGGCGUGGCUGUGAAACUGACUCCCAAGCCCGAGUGUCGCCGGUUCCUCUUUCCGCCAGUUCUCUUCAGGUGUACAGACACCGCAAGCCGACAGCCGGACGUGUCUGGGGCGGCCCCCGCGACGAGUGCUUCUCUCGGCGGAGCGAGGAAGGACGGAGUCCAGCGAGGGGGGAUGGGAAGGAACUCAGACGUCUGUAUUCAGGCCGGUGUUUCUCGAGAAGAGAGACGAAAGUGCAGAAAGGAGAUAGAAGCAUUGCUCUUUCGCAGCCCGUGUGGACAGCAAUCGUGUCACGAAACAGAAGAAUUUGACAAGAAAAAGGCGGAACUGUUUGCUCGCCUCGCGUCGCACCCUGCUCUCUUGGAUAUCCUUUUCGACCCAUGCCGAGCUUCAGGGGGGACAAACAAUUACGUCUCGGCUUCUUCCGGCGCUCGAUGGCCAGCCGACCUCGGGAUGUAUCUACACUUCAUUCUCUUGAAAGUAAACCGCGAUACAUCGAAUGCGCUACACAAUAUUGGCAGGGGACUGCGACGAUACUUCCAAAGGUCUCUCGCUGUCGCUGGCACCAAGGACAAACGCGGAAUCACCGUCCAGCGGUGCUCGGUUCACAAAGUGUCGGCGCCCGCCCUGCUGAAUGCAUGUUACUUGGACCAUCCGUCGUGGGACUCGAAUGUGUAUAUUGCCCCUCUGGGGCACUAUUCUCGGCCUCAGCGCCUCGGCGCCCUUCUCGGCAAUUCGUUUCAAGUUAUUCUCCGGAACGUCCGUCUUCCGUCUUCCGCAACGCAUGCCUGCCUUCCUUCCAACACACUCUCUCUCCCUUCUUCCUUUCCUUCCGCUUCACGUCGCGCGGUUGUCCCCCCAGGGUUUGUGCCGAUCGUGUGCUGCGGCCCCGCUGUGCACGUCUUGGCGAGUCGAGUCGCCGCGGGAAUGGAGACCAUCUCGUCCCGGGGAUUUUUGAAUUAUUUCGGUCUCCAACGCUUCGGCACGCAUGCAGUGCGGACGUUCGAGGUCGGCGCGGCGCUGCUGCAGGGCGACUGGAAGGAGGCGGUCGCGCGAAUUCUGGGGAAACGCCAAACGGCAUCCUCGACGUGGCAGUCUGCUGCGGCGUCGACGGGCGAGACAAGCUUUGCAUGCAGCACCGAUACGUCGAGGCCUUUUGCGGAAAAGAAGAACGGUUCGUCAGUCUCCGAUGCAUGCGGCGGCGUGGAAAUCGGGGGGGCAGACGCGAAGGGAGAAGAAGGGAUCGCCGGAUGUGGAGCCGAGACUGAAAGAGAGGAACAGGGCGCUGCCGACGAAGGUGUGCGAGGAAAGGAGACAGACGCAGGCCAAGGGAAGGUGGGGAAUGGAUUUCAAGACGCACACCACCUUGACGAACAAGGCAAAAAGGAGGGAGGCGCAGAGUUGUCGCUGUGGGACGUCUUGCAAAAGACGGGGGACCCGCGUGUAGUUCUUGGACGCCUCGCAAGGCACCAGCAUCUCGAGAGAGCGCUUUUGUCGUCUCUCUUGAAGUCACAGCGAAGAGGCGAAAGUGUGGCAGCGCGGGGGGAAGGGGGUAGCAAGCAGUGGAGAGAAGAGGGGAGAGCAAAUGAGAGGAAAAGAGGCAUGCCCAGGCGAGACGGGAACCGCCGAGAGGACGGCCCUCUGGGCAGUGCGGCUGGGACACACGCCGAAGACACGGAUGUAGAAGGCAGAGAAAUGCAAGCACAGAGAGAAGAGGCGGAAGGUGAACGAGGGCAAGGUGACACCACGGUAAACGGGCAAAACGAAGAUAUGCAGAGAGACACAACGACGAACGCAAAGCGAGACCAAGGGUUCACACGCGACAGCGUGGCGGUCUUUGAAGUGGAAGACUAUUUUCGCGCGUUGCAAGAGAUCCCUGCGGAUUCGCUGCAGCUGUACGUACACUCGGCGCAGAGCGUCAUUUUCAAUCAUGCAUGCACCUGGCGGUGGAAGGCUCUCGGCGACAAAGUGUGCGUGGGAGACGUUGUUCGCGUUCGCUCGAGAGGCAGCUCCAGCGCCACGCCGUCUGCCGGCUCCACGUUGUCUGCUUCGUUCAGCGGCUGCGAAAAUGGAGAAGCAUGUCCGACACCUGACCCAGAAGGAGUCGGCGGCAGAUUUUUUUUCGACGAGGAACCAGGCGAAACAGGCGGUGAGGACGGAGAGGAGCAUGGACACCAGACUGUCAAAGUCAUUGAGACAGAGGCUGAAGCUCAGCAAGCAUCGAUCUUUGAUUUGGUCUUGCCUCUCCCUGGGGCAGAUAUCGUGUACCCGUCCCAAAUGAUGGCGGUGUACAGACAGCUAGCGAGCGGUCUUUUGGGAGUCUCACUCGACGCCUUCACAACACCAAAAGACGAUGUUUGUUUGGACGCGUGCGGCAGUUGCCCGAACCCGCGAGAAGGCGACCGAAGUCGCUCAGGCAGAGGAGGCAGAAAGGGAGACAGAGGGGGCAAACAACGCUCUCGCUUUGGAGCUUGCAGAGGGAGGGGUAGAGGAAGAGGAGACACUCGUCGGGGCACGCGAGACUGUGGAGAACCUGUGUGUGGAAACGAAGACGGCGGCGGGGACCGGACCUCCCCUGUCGUUCUGUCGCCGUCUGUGGGGCUUUCCAUUUUAGGAAUAAAGUGCAAAGGAAGUUACAGACCUCUGCUGGAGCGGGCGAGAGACUGCCAGUGGCAGCUUCUGCAGCUCCGCGCAGAGGCUGUGCAUACACCUGCCUCGUUGCUUCUCUCAGACGUCGACUUGCUGCUGCGCCAGCGACAAACCGCGCCCCGGCGGUCAUCCGAGAAGGCUUCGGCAGCGCGAGGCGUGAAGCAGGGAAGCGAAUGCGCCAAAUCGGAACUGGUCGGAGAGGCGGCAACGACACACAGGAAGCCUGGAAAGGAUCAAAGUGUCGAAAUUGGGGAUGCGAGAUGUGAGGCGAGACGGCCCAAUGAGGAACAGGACUUCCGGGUUUCUUGGGAUGAACCUCUCGACAGUACGCUGGUCCGGUGCAUGUACCCCAGAUAUGACCAGGUUCAGAUGGAGGAACAGGCUGGGGCGAGGCUGCAAGGCCAGCAGGCGGCGGCGGUAGCUUCAAGAACAGACGGAGAGAUCAUCGUGAAGGACGGGAAAAGCAAUUUCUGUCUCCUCUUGAGGCUGCGACUUCCUCCCGGCACAUAUUUCACCAUGGCUCUUCGGGAGCUCAUGAGAGCGAACGCCCCCGACGAUGAUGAGCUCGCCCACACAGCGGCUCGGACGGUAGUCACUCCAGAGGUCUCCGGGAAAGACACUUUCAUUUCUGCCCCGUGUCCUUCAGCUUAA